AUGGCUAGCAUAGUCGCGCUACGAGCUAUGCUCUUUCGUCGACGGAAGAGUGAUUCGCAGAUCAUGACACAAAUUGAAGAACCGGAAAUCAUUCCGGGCACAGACAUUAUCUUCGCAGGCCAAGAUAACGGCGAAAAUCUUGCCACCAACGAUGUCGUACUUAUCCCUCAGCCAACCUCCAGCGCAGACGAUCCGCUAAACUGGAACCCAGCAUGGAAAUUCACUCUUAUCUUCAACCAGUUCGUCUUUGUGUUUGUCAGUAUACUGACGCCAAUGGCCAUCGCGCCUAUGACACUUAUUUUCGAGGCUGAGUUUCGCAAGACUCUGCCUGAAGUCAAUAUGUUAUUCGGCGCCGCGGCUAUUACUUUGGGAUAUGCGAACUUCUUCAUUGUGCCCGCCGCCAAUGCAUGGGGCCGCCGUCCCGUCGUACUGGUCUGUGGUCUCAUCUGUAUUUUGGCCAAUGUCUGGCAAGCCCUCAUUACCAGCUACUCUAGCUUCCUAGGCGCUCGUAUAAUCUCGGGGAUGGGUGCUGCUGCGAAUGAGAGUAUCAUGCCUAUGGUCAUUGCAGACUUAUUAUUCCUACACCAAAGGGCUAGCAGUAUGGCCUUGUACUUUUGGGCUUAUUUCCUUGGUCUAUUCUUUGGCCCUAUAAUAUCAGGCGCGAUUGCUGCGCAGAUCUCCUGGAGAUGGUUUUUCUGGAUAUGCACCAUUUUGCAAGGCGCAAGCUUCCUCUUCCUCCUCUUUGCUCACCCAGAAACCAAAUAUGACCGUCCAGCACUCAAAACAGCUACAAGCACCCCGACAACAACGGACGGAAGAUCCUCCAAUACAACCAUGGAAAAGCAAACAGAAGGCAUGAUAUCAAGUUCAAAUUCGUCCACCCGCACCCGACCUCAGAUCCUUCAACCCCCACCAGCCGUCACAUCAUCCCAGCACAUCGCCAAUGGCUACCCCUCCCGGGCGCAAUUCUACCUCCUACCACUUCGCACACGCCUAGGCUACGGACCAACCUACGACGACGACCAAACCAGGCGCGAGAAGUUCAUCGAAAUCCUAGUACGGGACGUCCUCUCACCCCUCAAAAUCCUCUUCUGCUAUCCCAUCGUACUCUGGGCUUCAUUAGCAACCGGUUUCGCAGCCAAUUCUCUACUCGCGCUGAACCUCACACAAGCCCAAGUCUUCGGCGCCCCGCCGUAUCUCUUCGCCCCCGAUCAGAUCGGGUACGCGAAUUUUGCUUUCGCGGCAGGGGCUGCUGUCGCGUUGAUCACGGCGGGUCCGUUGUCCGAUGGUAUUGCGUUGCGUCGCGCGAGAGCACGUGGGGGUGUUCUAGAGGCGGAGAUGCGGUUACCAGCGCUGCUCCCGUAUAUCGCGGCGAAUCUUGCGGGUAUGGUUGUCGCGGCUGUGGGGUACCAGCGUGCGUGGCCUUGGGAGGCUAUUGUGCUUGUUGGAUACUCGCUUGUGGGUUUGCAGGUUGUGGGGAUCCCGGCGAUUGCGGUUGCGUAUGCUGUUGAUAGUUACAAGGCCCUUCCAGGCGAAAUCAUGAUCGCUGCCACGAUCGUGAAGAAUACCUUCGGAUUCGCGAUGAUAUUCUUUUUCAAUGACUGGGCGGCUCAAUCCGGUUAUGUUAGCCCCGUACUCAUGAUGAUGGGCCUCACCUUUGGCUCCUCUAUCCUUGGAGUAUGCGUUUUUGUCCCCUACGGAAAGUAUUUCCGUCGCUUGACCAAGGACUCCAAACUGCACUACUUGUAA